CCCAACGGUGAAGAAGAAAAACCAAGCGCGGUUGCUUCCUGCCACUCGCAUGUACAGAAAUUAGAGAUGGAUUCUUCAAACAGUGACAAACAAAAUAAUAAUCAAUCUGUUAACGAAGACCCAGCUGGUGUGGACAACGAGUUUUGUCCCGGUUUCAAGGAUGUGGAUGCAUUUGUGAAGUAUGGACUGGGCACUGUCGUAGCAGCUACCAAGGCAUCUGCCAGUCUACCGCAAGUAGGGGAUGAAUAUGAUUUAUAUCGCAGCUUCCCGGGAUUUCAAGAAUUCUGUGAAACUCAAGGAGAUGGACUGUUGCAUUGUAUGAGUCAGAUAAUGCACCACCAUGGCUGCAGAGCUCACAUGAGAGACCGCAACAAACUGACGGGGUUGGAGGAAAGAUUUGACUUGGUGGUUGACUCCAAUGAUGUCAUUCUUGAGAAAGUGGGUAUUCUGCUUGAUGAUGCUGCCGGGGUCAACAGGAGCCAGCAACCUGUCAUGCCCGCAGGUUUUCAGCCCCCUAAGAUCGUCGUAUCCAGUUGGAAUCGUAAGGGGGGUGACUCUGGUUCUGGAUGUAGUUCAGAGACAUUCCGACUCCUCCAAGCCAAAAACGUCACCAGACCUCAGUUGAAAUUCCGGGAAAAAGUUGACAAUAGCAACACACCGUUUACUCCAAAGAUCUUCGUCAAGCCCAAUGCAAUAAAACCACUUCCUUCAUAUUUUACCAACAAACACAUUCGCAAAGAGAGACCAGAGGAUUUGGAUGUCCCUGCCGCCCUGGCUGAUUUCAUUCACCAGCAGAGAACUCAGGAGCAUGUAGAAGACAUGUUCGCUCACCCAUACCAAUACGAACUGGAUCACCUUGCGUUACCUGAGAAUCUUCUGUCCAAGCCUGAACCCCAGAUGUACAAACCACUUGCUGAGACAAAGUGCUCAUUCAUUGACAAUCUGGAGGAUCUGGUGGCAGUAAACGAGAAACUGGCCAAGACGUCAGAGUUUGCAGUAGAUCUAGAGCAUCACUCCUACAGAAGUUUUUUGGGCAUCACCUGCCUGAUGCAGAUUUCAACACGGGAUGAAGACUUCAUUAUAGACACCUUGGAGCUGCGUAGUGAGCUGUACAUACUCAAUGAGGCUUUCACAGAUCCCGCCAUCGUCAAGGUUUUCCAUGGUGCCGACUCUGAUAUUGAGUGGCUGCAAAAGGAUUUGGGCCUUUACAUUGUCAACAUGUUUGACACUCACCAGGCGUCACGUACCCUUAACCUGGGCAGGCACUCGCUUGACCACUUGCUUAAGCUGUUCUGCAACGUGGACUCUGACAAACGCUACCAGUUGGCAGACUGGAGAAUACGGCCUUUGCCAGAUGAGAUGUUUCAGUAUGCCCGGGCAGAUACCCACUACCUCCUCUAUGUCUACGAUCGGCUGAGGGUGGACCUGUGGGAAGUGGGCAAUGGGCAGCCUGCCCUGCUGCAGAUGGUCUGGCACAAAAGCAAAGACAUCUCAUUGAAGAAAUACAUGAAGCCGCUCUUCACCGAGGACUCCUACAUGGACCUGCUGAGGAAGCAGAAGAAGGCGUUCAACACGCAGCAGCUAACUGCCUUCCGACUGCUGUACGGCUGGAGGGACAAGCUGGCCAGACAGGAGGAUGAGAGCACUGGAUAUGUCCUACCCAAUCAUAUGAUGAUUAAGAUCUCUGACAUCCUGCCCAAAGAGCCUCAAGGCAUCAUCGCUUGCUGUAACCCUGUCCCCCCAUUGGUGCGGCAGCAGGUCAACGAGCUCCACUUAUUGGUGCAGCAGGCCCGGGAGAUGCCCCUUCUCAAGGCUGAAAUUGUGGCUGACAAGAAGAAAACACUCACGCCCAUAAAAAAGCCAGAAAUUCCUCUUUUUGGGCCUCAUGAUACAUCCAGAGUCUCUGAAAGUGAUAUCCCCAGCUUUGCCCCAGAUAAACUUUCAGAACUCUCAACCAAAAAGGGGGCACUGUUUUCUGAAGAGGAGCAGGGAGAGGACAUGCAUAAAAUGAUGGGUCUAGUAGUUUCAGCGAAAAUCACAUUGUUUGAGGAGGACACCGUCAAAGACCCUGGUAACCUCACAGUGGCUCAACAGAAAGCAUGCAGGGUUGUCGAGUCUUUUCAGAACCCUUUCCGAAUGUAUCUACCGUCAAACGACAUCCAUAUCUCCAAAAAUGCUAAGUUCGACCCCUCUACGAAAAUAUAUGAGAUCAGUAAUAGAUGGAAGCUGCAGAGUGUGGAACAGCAGCAGAAGGAGGUAGAGGCCAAAAAGAAAGCGAAGGAAGAGGCAAAGGCAGUAGCAGAGGAAAGGAAGAAGGCCAAGCAGAGCUACCAGGAAUCACUUCAGAAUGUUGCGACUGUGCGCCAGCAAGCUUCAGAAUCUAUAAAACCAGGAGGAAAGAAAAGGGAGAGGGUUGCCAGUGAGACAGGAGAGUCGACCCCAAAACCUAACAAGAAACUAAUGAAAGCUGCUGUGAAGAAAAACGAGGACUCUACAACACCUCUAGUUUUCAAACCGUAUGACUACAGCCAGUCAGAUUUCAAAGUCUUUGCUGGGGCCAAAGGAAAUGAUGGUAAACAGUUUGAUCCAGACAGACAAGGUCAUGAACCCAGGAAAAAGAAAAAUGCAAAAGCACAAAAAUCGAAUGCCUGUGCUGGAAACCGAAGUAUGUCCUUUUUUGGUGGAAAAUCCGAAAGAGGAGUCCGUCGUAACUGGCCUAAAAGAUAGGUCUACCCAUCAAUGAACUUUUCUUCUCUUCUCAAAAAGGAAACCUGUUUUAAAAUGAGAUUUUUUUGUGUGGAUCUAGUUACCCUAUGUUAGUACAAUGGUGCACAAAAUAUUUUUUUCUUUAACAAAGUAUUUGCAGCCUGCUUAUUAAAAUAGUUUUUAAGGGAAUUUGUCUUAUUUUAUUUGUUGAUGGAAUCUUCACAAAAUGUGCUUGCAAACAUUCAGACUAGACUUUCAGGUACAUUUUUAACCACACUUGUUGUUAAAGCUCAUACAGUUAUUGGCUGCCGCUCAUUAAAAGAGGAACUGGUCAAAACUA